AUGCGGCCCUGGCAGCGCUGUCGCUUUAAGGACGGGCGGGGUCCGCUGGGCGGUGGCGCGGUUCGUGCCGCCCUCGCGUUUGACCGCCACCAUGCCUUUAUCCCAGCUGAGUUCCCAGCGGAUGGACGACCUAUGAGCGCCUGCAGCGCGAUGCCUGCGCCGAAGAUGUGUGACCGGGGCCAUGUGGCCUCCAACCUCCGCUAUUGCAUCUUGGUCAGUGGCACCAUGCUUCUGGUGGCUGGGACACUCUGCUUCGCCUGGUGGAGUGAAGGGGAUCCAGGGGCCCCUCAUGGCCAGCUGGCCUCACCCACUGGGCACCCUGCACCUGAGGCCUCCAGCCCCCUGCUCAGGUCGGUCAGCUUCUUGUGCUGUGGUGCAGGCUGCCUGCUGCUUCUCUCUGGCCUGCUGUGCUCCAUCAAGGCCAGCACCUGGAGACCACCCCAAUGGAACCCAUACCACCUCUCCAGAGACCUGCACUAUCUUACUGUGGAGACCUUGGAGAAGGAGAGCAGAAGGACACCAAAGGUGAUUACCAUCCCCACCUACGAGGAGGCUGUGUGCUGCCCACUGGCUGUGGCUGGUGGAGGGCUGAUACCACCUGCAUAUCCCACAGAGAAAGACCUGAAGUGCAGUGCCUCAGGGGAUGCCCCACUUGGUACCCAGCCCCCCUGGCCUCCACCCAGCUACGAGAGCAUUGUCUUCGCCCCUGAUGCCGUCUUUGGAGAGACAACACCUGGGGCUGCAUCCUCCCACCCCCGCCUGUUCCUUCAGACUGCAGGGGGAGGAAGCUAA